AUGAGACAGAAAGCAAAGGGCGCGCUGAACUUCAGCGAUCAUGCGAGGCUGGAUGUCGAAGAAAGCCUGUCGCCAGAUAAAAGGACUCUGCUGACCAAAAAGGCCUCAGGAUAUUCUCGGAUAUCCAUGCCAGCUAUGAAACUAAAGUCUUCAAUGGCUGAGUUCAAAGCCAUGAGCAAGUCCACGAGACGAAAGUCCAUGAAUGACGGGAUUGCGGUGUUGGAUUGCAUCUUGGCAUCGGAACAAACCGCAAAGCGUCCCACAUUGCAGCCAUCACAAAUUCAAUCACUGGUCACAUUAAGAAAUUCACUGGAAACAGUUGAAGAUCAGGGGAAGAAAAGUGCACCACUACUACCGAAGGAGGUUAAGAAGACGCAUCGAGCGUUUAUGAGCGAUAGCUUUGAUGGUAUCUUCUCUGACAGUGAAGGCAGCACUAGCUCGGAGGAACAUGAGGCGCCACGGGGUUCCCCCCAGGGCAGUAUCGAACUUGAUUUGAUACAGCCAACAUCAUCCAUGUUCAAGUAUGGAAAAAAGCCAGAGACGGGGGUCAACGUUCUCUUUGCCUUUGGUGCUAUUCCGCUACCUUCGCCACGCCAAUCACGAAAGCAACUACGCCUCAUGAGUAGUAGAAGGGUCAGUAGUAGCGUGAUUCAACAAGGAGGCAGGUCCAAUCUAAGGCUCAAGAAACUGGCCAGUCGGCGAGCCUCCUCUCUCUUGGCCAAGGUUCAAUCUCACGCACCCAAAGAGUGGUACGCGAUUACUGACAUCAAACGAAAAGUUAGACUAGCAGAAUUGCUGACAUGGGAUAACUUGUGCAAAUGGGACUUUGAUAUGUUUGAAAUUGACAAUCUGACUGAUGGUAAUCCACUCUUGUUUGUGGGAUGGGCCAUUUUGUCGAGUCCUUACUCGCAACAUGUCAUGGAAGAGGUUUUACUGGAGCGAACGCAACGUCGACCGGUCCCUUUUGAUCUAAUGGAAGGGUACCGAUUCAUUGACCAAUUUCACAUUGAUCAAAAGAAAAUGACAAACUUUCUUCGGUCCAUUGAAAAGGACUACUUUCACGAGAAUCCAUAUCACAAUAACAUUCACGCGGCCGAUGUUCUGCAAACACUGCACAGUUUGCUCCAAGAAAUGGGUGGGAUCCAGAAAUUCCAACCGUCUCCCAUGCAGCUAUUCGCAUCACUUCUCAGUGCAGUCAUUCACGAUGUUGGUCAUCCGGGAUUUAACAAUUUCUUUCAGCAGUCUUCCCAAUCUGAGAUUGCACUGUGCUACAAUGACCAAAGUUGCUUGGAGAAUAUGCAUCUGGCGUUGGCCUUUCGAAAGUUGCUGGGGGGCAAGAAGAAGAGUUCUAUCGACAUCUUUGAUGGCAUGACUCCUGAAGAGGUGGUCAGUUGUCGAAAGCUUAUGAUUGGAAAUGUUCUGGGAACAGAUAUGAGCAAACACUUUCAAGCCGUCAACGAUAUCAAGAGACGAAUUUCGGAAAUGAAUGGAUCUGCUAGUGAGGAAACGACUAUUGAGGUUGUGAAAUACCUGAUGCAUGCGGCUGACAUUUCGAAUGGCGCCAAGCCAAAGGACAUUGCCGUCAAUUGGGCUGACCGAUGCCUGGAAGAAUUCUUCCGGCAAGGAGACAAGGAAAAGGAAAUGGGUUUGCCCGUCAGUCCACUUUGUAAUCGCGACACUGUCAGCCGGCCAGAAAGUCAGAAGGGAUUCAUUGAAUUUAUCAUCAAACCGACUUUUGAACUGCUGGUUGGGGUUAUGCCAUCGAUCGGAAGCAAGAUUAUUCCAAUUUUGGUUUCAAAUCUUGCUUUUUGGAACUCUCAGAUCCCACAAAAGGUGGUUGAUGGUAUGGAGCAACUGCAUGAUGACUUCCAGAAGAACGAUGGUGUACCAGCCGAUGACGAAACUGCAUCCAUGGCCACCAAAGACCGUCUGAGCAUGGAUUCCCUUUCGUCUCUGGACUUUGACGAGGAUGUGCAGGAAGAACCAAGUGAAGAGCUGAGGCUUGAAGAAAAUGGUGAGGAACUACUAGCGUCAGGCGAAGAAUUGAAUCGAGAACGCCUGAAUAGUGAUGAAUUGCAAGAAGUGUUGGAAGAAGAUGAAGAGGAGGACGAGGAGGUGGAGGAUCCCAAUCUGACAAAAGAUCCUAGCGAGCUAUCUUUUGGAAGCAUGUCCUUUGCCGAUGAAGCUAUUUCGGAAAGGUCGAACGAAAACGGCGGGGAGAAUUCAUCAUCAAACUGGUCCAAUGAUGAUAAUGGUGAUAAUGCUGUUAAUGAUGAUGAAAUCGAAUAUGACUCGGAAAUGGAAUACGAGUGCUAG